UUAUUAUUACUCACUCUCUCCUCUCUUUCUCCUAUUCGUCCCUACUCGGACAUAUUUUGCGGUUUAACGAAACAAAAUUUAAGAAGAUUUCAGUUCCAAGUAGCAACGAAAACGACUUAGCUUCUUCUCAAUCACCGAUGGAAGUAAAAACCGCCAUCAAGAAGCAACGAUUAACAACCACUAUGGAGGAAACCCUAACAUCACCUCCGCUUCCCACUCUCUCCUUCGAUCUCAUUGAAGAAAUUCUCUAUAGGUUACCAGUGAAAUCCCUAAUUCAAUUUCAAUGCGUAUGCAAAUCUUGGAAAUCUUUAAUCUCUGACGAUCCCAAAUUCGCCAAGAAGCAUCUUCAUAUGUCAAUCACCUCCCCUCGUCAAAGCCGCCACCACCUCAUCGUAAACUUCAAUUGCUCAUCUUGUAAUGGUAAAUUUUGGGAUUCACCAAUUUCAUCUGUUUUUGAAGCUGCCACCGACGAUUACAUCGCGCAAACGAAGCUUUGUUACCCUUCCAUUCUGAAAUUUGGAUCUUUUAAAGCUGUUGGUUCUUGUCACGGCAUUCUCUGUAUUGCAACUCAAGAUUAUUUUGUUUUUUGGAACCCUUCCGUUGGACAAUUCAAUAUAUCGCAACCACCUUUAGAUUAUUAUUAUAACAUAAUAGUGUAUGGAUUUGGUUAUGAUCAUUUAAUUGAUAAUUACAAGGUGGUGGUUGUUUAUUGCUAUGAUAGUGAAAGUGAUAGUAGUGAUGAGGAUAAUGGUGAUGAUGAUGAGGGUUUUAGUAAAACUCAAGUGAUGGUUCAUACUUUAGGUACUGAUGGUUGGAGAAGGAUUCAUGAGUUUCCUUAUAGUGUGAUACCAUUUGGUGAAUGGGGGAAAUUCGUUGGUGGUGCUAUUAAUUGGUUGGCGUCUGAGGAUGGGAGUGAAUUUAGCUAUUCGUUUUCCAUUGUUUCACUUGAUUUAGGGAACGAGUCUUAUCAAGAGAUUUUGCAGCCUGAUUAUGGUGAGGUGAAUGUAGUUAGUUUGACGUUAGGUGUGUUGAGGGAUUGUUUGUGUAUCUUUGCUCAUGGUGAGUCCUUUAUUGAUGUUUGGAUUAUGAAGGAAUAUGGAAAGAAAGAGUCUUGGAAUAAAUUAUUCACCGUUCCUUUUAUUGAAGAUCUUGGUUUUUAUCCCGUUAUUAAGGUAGCAUAUAUUUAUGAAGAUGAACAAGUGUUGCUGGUGUCUAGAGAUGCAUUGAAGCCGAAGUUGGUUGUUUAUGAUUAUAGAAGUGAUACUUUUAAACUUCCCGAGAUUGAAAACAUCGAUGCUGCGAUUGUUCCAACUGUCUAUGUUGAGAGUUUGAUAUCACCUUGCGGAAUGCAGACAUUGGCUGUCACUUGAGCGUAGGAUUUAGCAGCAAUUUAUAUUUUAAAUUUCCAUUUAUAUUAUUUAUUUGAUGCUUGUUAUAGUUACUAGUGACCUCAUGGGUUAUUUUUAAUUAAUGGUUGAUGGAUUCCACAAUUUUAGAAAUUGCUACAUUUGUUUUUCAUUAUUUGUUAGUUGGUGAUGUUGGUUCUCUCA